AUUGUUUUCAUUCACAUAUGUGAUAUGUCAAAUAAUUUAGUUGAUAAUUUUAUAUGUAUAACUUUGUUUAUAUUUUUUAUAUACCAAAAUCAACGUACAUAACCAGAUUAUAUGAUGGGCCGGAGUCCAAGAGGUUGGUAUACUAUGUGGUGUAUUAGUAUGUACUCUAUGUAGUUAAUAAAGUAUAAAUCGACACGUGGCAAGAUAAAAUUGGCUAUACUCCACAAAUUAAGGCUAAAGAUUAACAGUAUUACUUUAUAAAAUUAUUUACACAUUCCAUAGAAUGAUUAUUUGUCAAAAAACAAAAAAAAAAAAAAAAACGACUUGUUCGUGCUAACUUCCAAACAUGAUGGAUUAUUGUAAAACUUAAAAUUUUAAUACCAAUAAAAUAUGCUACACACAUUGACCAUUGACUCGUACAUGAAAACAUUGCACAUAGAUGAAAACAUUGCACAUAUAGUUUUUAUAUUGCAAAAAUAAAGACAACUAUGGUAUAAAAAUAAAAAAUAAAAAAGAUGCUUCAACGUUAAUUGACAAUUAACAUGUUUAAUUAACCUCAAAUUAGAAGACGGCUGAAGAAGAGGAAGUAAACAUUUAGGUAAUUAGCUGUAACUUGGUGUAUUACCGAUAAUUUUGCCCCUAAAAUGGAAGAUUUGGGUGAAAAUCCAACCAUUAAUUGCUUGAUUUUACUUAAAAUAAACCUCUAUAAAAUUUAUGUUUUCUGUCAAACUUCUCUCCCUAGAUUUUUUCUCUUUUUCUUUCUCUCUUUCUACAUCACUAAAAAUCAUGCAUCCCACAUUCUUUUGCUGAAUUAGACAUCUUCAACAAAAAAAACUAAAAAAAUAACAAUUUUUUUUUUAAAAAAAAAAAAAAAACUUUGGAAAGACAUCCCUUAACUCGUUGUUUGUUGUCAAAAAAACAAACAAACAAACAAAAAACACACCCGAGAAACCAAAGAGGGAAAAAAAAACAUUCUUCUGUUUUUUCAUAAUUCUACCAAAACCUCGGGUUUUCAACCCGAAUUCCUUCUCUUUAAUGUUGUGUUAAUUACAUUUGUUUAACUUUCAAAAACAAAAAAACUAAAGGAUUGAAUCCCUCAAAAGGGGAUUAGCAAAUUUUGCAAAUCUGUCAGAGAAUAAAAGAUCUUCGCCACCUGGUUUUCGCGAAAACCAUGUGUUUUACCCUUCUUUGAUCAAACUAAGAAGGGGUAAAACAUUCAUAAGGAAUCCUCUAACAAUGGUAAGAUCAUUUGAACGAAGCAGAUCGUCGUCAUUCAAUUUCAGAAGAAUGUUUGAUUUAAAAAGCUAUAGUUCUGAUAGCAGUAGUCAUUCCAGUACUGAAUCAAAAAGCCCUAUGGAAGUUUUUCAGCCUAUAGGAUCUUCUAUGAUUUCUUCUCCUAAUCACAAAGCAUUCGCUUCGCGUGUUACCAAAGAUGUUGGUGUUGUAAAAAAUACAGCAAAGACACUCUCAGAUAUUGAAUUGAUGAAAGAAAGGUUUGCAAAGUUGUUGUUGGGUGAAGAUAUGUCAGGUGGUGGCAAAGGAGUUUCAUCAGCUUUGGCUUUGUCAAAUGCAAUCACUAAUCUUUCAGCUUCUGUGUUUGGAGAUUCAAAGAAAUUAGAGCCAAUGCCAGAAGAUUUGAAAGCAAGGUGGAGAAAAGAAGUGGACUGGCUCCUAUCAGUCACCGACCACAUAGUCGAGCUUGUCCCUUCAAAGCAACAAGCUGCUGAUGGUUCCUCCAUGGAGAUAAUGGUGACAAAACAACGAAGCGACCUCCUAGUUAACAUCCCAGCAUUGCGGAAGCUCGAUGCCAUGCUUCUUGACUGUUUAGAUAACUUCAGAGGACAGACAGAGUUUACGUAUGUUGAUUUCAAGGAUGCAAAUGACGCUGAAAAAGCCUCAAGCCGAGACAACGACAAGUGGUGGAUACCCACUGUCAAGAUCCCAACAGGUGGUCUAUCAAUUGAGACGAAAAAAUGGAUACAGCAGCAGAAAGAUGCUGUCAAUCAGGUUCUGAAAGCAGCCAUGGCUAUCAAUGCCCAAGUGCUUUCAGAAAUGGAGAUCCCAGAAAGCUACAUUGAGUCCCUUCCUAAGAAUGGACGAGCAAGCCUUGGUGACAUAAUCUACAAAAGCAUCACAGAUGAAUACUUUGAUCCGGAUGGCCUAUUGUCAUCCAUGGACUUGACGUCAGAGCACAAAGUACUUGACUUAAAGAACAGGAUUGAAGCCUCAGUCGUGAUAUGGAAGAGGAAGAUGAUCCAAAAAGACGGGAAGUCAUCAUGGAGCUCAGCCAUAAGCAUGGAGAAGAGGGAGCUCUUUGAAGAAAGGGCAGAAAUUAUGCUACUCAUACUUAAACACCACUUUCCAGGGCUCCCUCAGUCCACACUUGACAUAUCCAAAAUCCAAUACAAUAAGGAUGUGGGACAUGCAGUACUAGAGAGCUACUCUAGGGUACUAGAAAGUCUGGCUGCGGCCAUCUUGAAUCGGGUAGAUGAUGUCAUUUAUGCUGAUGCUUUAGCGGUAAAAGCAUCAGGAGGUGAAUCAGAUGAGAAUCUCUCACCAGGGACACCAGCAUCAAUGACUUUAUUGGAUUUUAUGGGUUGGAAUGUGGACCAGGGAGAACCGGCAAAGAAGAGCCCAGGUGAUUUUGAUGAAUUCUUGAAAGAGCAAGAGCAUGAAAAGAUAAUGACAAAGACUCCAGAAAACAAGAAGAUUUCCUAUCUUGAGAAGCUUGAGCACUGGGGAGGCCAAAGAAGUCCAACGGCACGGCAUUAGAAGACUGGGAAGGCACAGCAUAAUGAGAUAGAAAAAGACGGGAAAGAUCAAGCUGAGGGACACAUAAAGAGCAUAGGACUAAAGCAUCUAGAGACAUCUUACAUUUCUGGGACAUGUAUAUAAAUUUUAACAGACACUGAGGUUUGUACUGACCUAGUCCUUUAGGAGUUCUUCUUUCCUAUGACAGGACAGGGAAGUUUCAGCAUUUAACCACUUAGGUGGGUGCUUAUAGGAGGUAUACAAUAUCCUAA